GCUAGUCAAGCUUGAGUUGCCUUGCUGCGGUGGACGGAAAAGGGAGUGCGAAGCGCCUGCUGCUCCCCGACGACAUCUCUCCGGUAAACUGUGGCCGUUCCAAAGAAACCGUAAGAGAGCCCUGCCAUGAGCGGAUACGUGGGAGAUCUCAGCGACCUGCAGCAGCAGGCCCUUGAUCAGCUCAAGGAUCGCAUACAAGACAUCUGGAAGGAGGAAUUCACGGAUUAUUUUCUUCUCCGAUGGCUGAGAGCCCGGGAUUUUGACGUCAGCAAGGCGGAGAGCAUGCUGCGCCAGAAUCAGAAGUGGAGACGCGAAAACAACAUUGACUCCCUCUUGGAAACGUUCAAGAUACCAGAGGCUCUGAAGCCCUUUCUCUCUGGUGGGCUAUGCAACCACGAUCGAGAUGGCCACCCAAUUUUUAUUGUGCGCAUGGGCAACACCGACCUCAGAGGUCUGUUGCGAUGCUUAACCAAGGAGCAGAUGCUCAUGGUGUCGCUGGUCUACCUUGAACAGUGCGACGCCGAAGCAAGAAGGCAAAGCGAAAAGUUGGGAAGGUUUGUGGGAACCGGGACUGUCCUCGCCGACUAUGAGCAUCUAAGUAUGAGCCAGGUGUGCAGCCUCGAAGUGAUCGAGUUUUUGCGGAAGCUAAUUGGUGUGUACGAGAGCAACUACCCCGAGACGCUCGAGCGAUGUUUUAUCGUCAAUACUCCCAGCUUCUUCCCGUAUGCGUGGAAGAUACUGCGACCCUUUAUGUCUGAAAAAACGGCAGGAAAAAUGCAGAUAUUUUCUUACGAAGGCUGGAAACCGGUAUUAUUCCAGUACGUGGACCCAUCUGCGAUACCGGUUCACUGGGGAGGAACGCUGAUGGGACCCGGUGAUGACCCGGAAUGCACCCACAUGAUCGGACGUGGGGGCCACGUUCCAGAGCAUCUUUACCUAAAGAAUCGAUCGAGUGACUCUGAAGAUUCCGAUACUACGACCUGUAUCCUUGAGCGAGGCCAGAACCUGGAUGUCCCUGUCAAAGUUGAACGCGAGGGAUCCGUCCUACGCUGGAAGUUUCAAACCGGCCCAGGACACGAAGUGGGCUUCGGUGUCACCUGGAGUCCAACCGGAGACACCAUACCAACUCAGGAGAUCCUGCAGCCCACCAGGGUGAAAUGCGACCUGGUUCCCGAGAUCGGAGAGCUGAGUUGUGCCAAGACCGGAACAUACAUCUUCAGGUUUGACAACAGCUUCAGCUGGUUCACAAAAAAACAGAUUUCUUAUGCACUGCAAGUGAUGAACCCUGAAGAAGCAGCUCGUAUUGGCCACUGCUAAAUGUUGCAUCCUCUACCUUGUACUUUCCUUUGAUUCUCCAUGUAAGGCAUCAACCGGAAACAUGGCAUGUGAAUAAUCUCAGGGAAGCUAUAAAUAGUGGGAGAGGUCACUAAAAGCGCUGAAGCGGUAAAGAACAUCUGGUGCAUUUGAGCCGCUUCCUGUACAUAUGUACACAGGUAGAAAGUAGGAUUUUGUUUCGAGUUGUACGCAUUUUGAUAUAUUGUUAAAUGUGAAUAAUAAACGAUAUCUGAGAA